UCCCGGCCAAGUCCGACCCGACACAGCCAGCCUGGCCGGGGGGCCAUACACCCCUGAGGAGCCCGCAGCCAGGGCCCUCGGGCUCCGCUCUGUGCGGCGCUCCGGCGACUCCGGGCUCGGGGCUCUGUCACCCCGGGCGGGAUCCAGUCCAAGUUUCGAACCCUAGCCCCACGGGGUCGUUUCCAGCCGCGCGUUCCCGCCACACUCCUCCUCCGGGCGGAGGGUACAGUGGCCGUGGCCGUGGCUGUGACCGGGGCCCUGGGUCAGAGCGGUGGGGAAGCGCGGAGUUCAUUCGGUGCAGGCCCUCGCGGCGAGGCAGCAGCCGCCGACCUGGGAAAGGUGGACCGGAGCACCGGGGGGCGGAAGGGGUGCCGCCUGCGGGUCAUCCAGAGGACACCGGCAGGAGAAUUCCUGAGGUGGGAGUAAGGGGAGGUUAGGUGGGGGGUAAAGAGGGAGGUCGGGCGUUGGGUAGGAUGCACUGACCUUCCAGGGGCCGCCUCGGAGAAGUGGGAGGACGCACAGGGUCUGGCCUCUCUGCGCGCCUCCUGCCCAUCCUCCCCGCCCCGGCGCGCUAGCCCCCAGCCCUGAACCCUAGCUGCUCCCCCGCUCCACGAUCUCUGGACGCCGCGAAGGGUCCGGGCCGGACAGCCCUCCUGCGCUGUCCCUGAAGAUGUCCGGAGCUAUCUUCACGCCUCUGGAGGGCCCAGGCGCCCUGGACGGGACAAGCGGCCACCCCCUCGUGUGCCCGCUGUGCCACGCGCAGUAUGAGCGCCCCUGCCUGCUGGACUGUUUUCACGAGUUCUGCGCCGGUUGCCUGCGUGGCCGCGCUACUGAUGGCCGCCUCGCCUGCCCUCUGUGCCAGCACCAGACGGUGGUGAAGGGCCCCAGCGGGCUCCCUCCAGUGGAUCGGCUGUUGCAGUUCCUGGUGGACAGCUCAGGGGAUGGCACCGAGGUGGUGCGCUGCGCCAACUGCGACCUGGAGUGCGGCAAGCAGGACGCGGAGACCACGUACUUCUGCAACACGUGUGGGCAGCCGCUGUGCGCGCGCUGCCGAGACGAGACGCACCGGGCACGCAUGUUCGCGCGCCACGACAUCGUGGCCUUGGGCCAGCGCAGCCGCGACGUGCUCCAGAAGUGCACGCUGCACUCCGAGCCCUAUGUCCUGUUCUCCACCGACAAGAAGUCGCUGCUGUGCAUCCGCUGCUUCCGGGACAUGCAGGGGGAGAGCCGCGUCCACUGCGUGGACCUCGAGUCAGCUUACGUCCAGGGCUGCGAGCGGCUGCAGCAGGCGGUGCUGGAGGUGAAGGCCCUGCAGACCGCCACUCGAGAAGCCAUCGAGCUGCUGCAGGCGAUGGUGGAGGAGGUGAGACGCAGCGCGGCGGAGGAGGAGGCCGCCAUCCAGGCCCUCUUCAGCAGCAUGCAGGACAAACUGUCAGAGAGGAAAGCGCUGCUGCUGCAGGCCGUGCAGAGCCAGUAUGAAGAGAAGGACAAGGCCUUCAAGGAGCAGCUCUCCCAUUUAGCCACUCUGCUGCCCACCCUGCAGGUUCACCUGGUCAUCUGCUCUUCCUUCCUCAGCUUGGCCAACAAGGCCGAGUUCCUGGACCUAGGCUACGAGCUGAUGGAGAGAUUGCAGGGCAUCGUCACGCGGCCACAUCGCCUGCGGCCGGCACAGAGCAGCAAGAUCGCCAGCGACCACCGCGCCGAGUUCGCGCGCUGCCUGGAGCCGCUACUGCUGCUGGGGCCACGCCGCGCGGCGGGUGCUGGGGGUGGCACUAGCACGCUCGCAGGGGGCUCAGGCCCCAAGGUGCUGAGGGGGCGCGGCUGCCCUUCCCCGGUAGGGAAGAUGUUGGGGUCGCCGGUCCAAAAGCCCACACUGCACCGGUCCAUCAGUACCAAGGUGCUGCUGGCAGAGGGCAACGACUCACCCUUCACGGAGCAUUGCCGCCACUACGAGGACUCCUACCGGCGCCUGCAGGCAGAGAUGCAGAACCUGAAGGACCAGGUACAGGAGCUGCACCGGGACCUCACCAAGCACCAUUCGCUCAUCAAAGCUGAGAUCAUGGGUGACGUCUUACAUAAGGCCCUGCAGGUGGACGCCCAGAUCGCCUCGGAGUAUGCUUCCGUGGAGGGCCUGAGAGCAGUCUUCCAGGAGAUUUGGGAGGACUCCUACCAGCGGGUGGCUAACGAACAGGAGAUAUAUGAAGCCCAGCUCCAUGACCUUCUCCAGCUGAAGCAGGAGAAUGCCUACCUGACCACCAUCACCAAGCAAAUCACACCCUACAUCCGCUCCAUUGCCAAGGUGAAGGAGCGACUGGAGCCCAGGUUUCAGGUCCCUGUGGACGAACCAUCAGACCAUCCACAAAACACGCAUGAUGAUGGCGUGAAUGCCGAGGCCCCGGCCAGGAGCGAUCCAGUAAGUGUUGCAGAGAAGAAGGAGAAGAACUCAGAGCUGAGAAACAGCCGAGCUCUGGGCGGCCUUGCAGAGGAGCCUCCACUGAAAAACAAAGAUGCGCCCAGACCCAGAUCAAAAAACGGGGGUGAUGCCCCCACCUGGAGGGAGUGCCCAGCUUAGCCUGGGACCAGUUCCAGGGUCAAGCACUUUGCGACAAGCCAAUCAAGGUCAGGAGAGUGAAGAAAAGACAGUUCUCAUUUUCUUUUUUUAAUUUGUAAUCAUUUAUCAUCAAUAAAACCCAGACACUCCGGCAGGUCCCUAUUUCAGGUUCUCUGGCUUAGGCUAGACUUCUCGUGGUUCAGAGUCCUGACCCUUAUCACAGUGGCUCCAGGAGGCAUCCCAGUUCACCCUGCACCUCCCUGUAUACUGGGCUGUGAACUCCUGCCAGGGUGCACCCUCUGAAUUUCAUGAACGAGCCUCUUGGACUAACCCACUGGGCAGCACCUACUCUGCCUCAGAGGAAGCCUAUUCCUUCUGAACCAUGGCCCCGCUGUUAGCUGGAAAGUUCUACCCCAUCGUGAUCCUAGUGCUGACUCAGCCAAGGGGAAAAACCUUCGCUCCAGCUUUUCUCACUGUGGGGCCUGGGCAGAGCUCAUUAAGCAAAGAAAGAGCACCUCCGAACCCCUGUACCCAAGACUGUCCCCACCUGCUGUCACUCUCCUGUGUGCACCUCUGAUGACGUUAAAGCACAG